UUCCGUCUCGUACGUGAAGUGUUUCCUGUGCCGAGUGCGGACGGAAUGGCUCCGCUCAGCUCGUCGUUUAUAGCGAUCAUUUCCAUCAGUAUUGUCGGCUUUUACAUGCAGUUUGGAGACUGUAAUAAUGGCCGAAGGGUGGUGGACAACGUGGAGUCAGACAUAACCGGGUUCUCUGUACCACUGGAGCACUCAUUUGAAGUGGAUGAUGUGCCAAGGUUUCGGGCUCGUGGGAACAUACAGCUGAAGGCCGGCAGAGAGAACGGUGUCUUUCUCUCUCAGGCGCUGCUCUCGGAGAAGGACAGGAGCUUACUGAAGGACGUUGCAGCGGUAGAUGGACUGUACAGGAUCCGAGUGCCCAGGGUUUCCCUGCAAUCCGACAGGCAGACAGACAGACAGUUAGAGGGCUACCUCACCGCCUUCAUCAGAGCUUGCUCUCUUGUGGAGUCCCACCUCAGUGAUGUCAUUACUUUGCACACUGAUGUCAGCGGCUACCUUAUAGGUGUCUCUAUAGUAACCGUGCCUAGUGCAUGCCGGGGGGCGGAAGUCGAGGACGAGGUGGACCUGGAAAUUUUUAACACAACAAUCGGUGUAAUGGCACCAGUUAACGCACCAGCCCCAGAGACGGCUCUGUAUAUUGAAAAAAUGGAGCAAGAAAUGGACAAGAAGGGAAAACCUCAGGAGCAGAAAUCCUUCUUUGCCAAAUAUUGGUAUUUGAUUCUGGGAGGUGCAGUGUUCCUCAUGGCCACCAGUUCAGCACAGCCCCCAGCAGGGGGCGCCAGAGAGCAGAGCUGAUUCCCAUGCAUUUCAAUGGAUGUAUAUCGUACCCCUCGUUCUGUUCCUGAUGAUGUCAGGAGCUCAGGAUCAGUCUGGAGGCGGAGCUGGUGGAGGAUCAGGCAAUGGCGGUGGACGAUGAUUACCGUGGUAAUGGGAACUCUUGGCUGGCAGUCAUCCAGUUGUACAUAAUAAUUUAACUGAUAUUACAUUAACAUUGUUAAAUGUGGACAUACAUGCCACUCGUGCAUUUGUAAAAAAUAAAAAUGAUGUUAGGUUAAUGUAGAA